AGUUUAGCGUUUUUAGGGUCAGCUUUAAACAUUCACAAAAGUCACAGACUACCAUCCACACUUCAAUUAAUUCCUCGUUUUCUACGCUGUGUUAGGAAUGGGAAGAACUCCGUACAGAAAGCAGUUAUUCGUUUUUGACGAGUGAAACACACAUCAGUGGCCUGAACUGUUUGUGGAGUGGCUCCACUUACAGUUGCUGGUGACGUCGGUACCGCCUACCCCUGCAGAGAUCUUGGUAAAAUUCAGGUCGGGGUGACAGAUCCGGAUCCAACAUGGCGGCGUUUCGCAGAGGAGCGGGAGUUCUGACAGGAGUCCGUUCCUGGAUCCACCAUUCUGCUGCUCUUCAGUCUGGUUCUGCUUCUAAGUCCACGUUCUUUGCACCAGUUGAAGAUGCCAUGUUGCCUCCAGGAACCUUCAAAGACCGAGUGGCCUUCAUCACCGGAGGAGGCACUGGACUGGGCCGAGCCAUGACCACCACCCUGUCACAGCUGGGAGCUGUGUGUGUCAUCGCCAGCAGGAAGCUGGACGUUCUUCAGAAGACUGCUGAGGAGAUCAGCAGCCAGACGGGGAACAAGGUCCACGUGGUUCAGUGUGACGUCAAAGAUCCUCAGGCCGUCUCAGGCUGCGUGGACAUGAUGGAGAGUCUGACUGGACUUCCAGAUAUCAUCAUCAACAACGCAGCGGGAAACUUUGUCUGUCCGUCAGAACGUCUGUCUCCAAACGGCUGGAAGAGCAUCACCGACAUCGUCCUGAACGGAACUGCCUACGUCACCCUGGAGCUGGGGAAGAGACUGAUCCAGAACCAGAAAGGCGCCUCCUUUCUCGCCAUCACUACCAUUUACGCCGAGUCCGGGUCUGGUUUCGUUGUUCCGAGUGCAUCGGCCAAGGCUGGAGUGGAGGCGCUCUACAAGUCUCUGGCUGCAGAGUGGGGGCGCUAUGGCCACAGGUUCAACAUCAUCCAACCUGGACCAAUCAGAACCAAGGGUGCCUUCAGUCGAUUGGACCCCACUGGUAGAUUUGAAAAAGCCAUGAUUGAUCGAAUCCCGACAGGUCGUCUGGGCAAACCGGAGGAGGUUGCCAAUCUGGCGGCGUACAUUAGCAGCAACUACGCCACCUGGAUGUCUGGAGCUGUGAUCCGUUUGGACGGAGGAGAAUACGUGUCGAUGGCAGGAGAGUUCAACGAGCUGCGGAGGGUGACUCCAGAAGAGUGGAAGAUGAUGGAGACCAUGAUCAGGAGCACCAAAGGAUCCUGAGGUGAUGUCAUCGGAGCAUCACAGCCAAUCAGAGUGCUGCUAUGGAUUAACUGUGGAGAAUUUGGAUUUAUAUCAACCAUUUUUUUUACUGGUGAUGCUCACGAUUGUCUGCACAUGCUCAGUACGUAUCGACCUGAAUCUUCACCUGCAGCAGGUUCAUGAGCCCGAUGUUUUUCUAAAAUAAUUUAAAUCACACUGCCGUCUUUUCAUCUCUUUUGGCAUUAUACUAACACAUUCCUCCGUUAGCUUCUAAUGUCAAUGUUUUUCAUGUAAUUUAAAUUCUCGUAUCAAAACUCUAAAGCUCAAUGAGGCAACGUUUGUUUUGUAAUUUUGUUUAAUAACAAGCAAAUAUGAACUUAAUAUGAAGUGAAUCUGAUCUGAAGCCUCGAGGUGUCAAACUGAUCUGUUUCACUUUUCAAAUAAUUCACUAAAUUCUUACUUUAUUACACUUUAGUUACAUCACACAGUGAUGUGAGAAUGAAUAACUUAGCUCCUGUGAUAGAUCAUAGAAACUAGGUGUGCUUCUACCACAGCAACCAGUACCAGGAACUGAAUGUGAGAACUGUAACUGUAACCAUGAACAGUUCUUUUUAUUGUUGUGAAUAUCUGGUACUCACUGACGAACACAUUAAAACCAGUUGACAUGAUGGACGUGUGUCUGCGUUGAAGACCCUGCGUGUUUGUCAGAGCAACAUUAUUAUAACAGUUAUGACAGAUCACAGCCGACACUGGUUUUACCAGUCGUUCUACUAAUCCAGUUCCUCUGUGUGGAUCAUAUCUCUCACAGCUGUGGUGUCCUCAGAAAACAGCUGAUGAAUCAAAGACAGGAGACACGGACGGAGGCUCAGUGUCAGAUCAGGUGAAGGAUUUUGAUAAAACUUGAACUUGGUGACCUCGUCAGCCGAGCAACACGCAGAGCAGACGAGGAGACACACUGGCUUUCCUGGAAACUAAGUUUCCUGAAAAAAAGUUAAUCCAAACAGAAGCUUUUGUUACCAAAUAUCAAUAUUUACCCCCAAAGUUUUUCAACUUAAGUCAAAUUUUAGUUGAGGAAGAAAUCAAUAAAAAGAAAAUCAAUGAACAGA